UUCGCUCCCACAGGCGGGACCUUUGUCCAUCUGCAGGACCGCGGGGGGCCGUCCAGGCUGGGGCCAGCGAAGCGGGAGGAGCCAGGCCGGGAAGCCGGAGGCCAGCUGGGAGGCGCGCAGCCAGGUGAAGAAACCGAGACUCAGAGAGGCUGCGCCACUUGCCUUGGUUCACACAGCCAGAGGAGCCAGAGCCAGAAUUUACACCCAGGCCUGUCGGAGGUCUGCAGUGUUUCCGGGCAGCCCCACCAGCAACUGGAAGCUUCUUGAAUCCAGGGACGACUGGAAAAUGGCAACCUGGGAUGAAAAGGCGGUCACCCGCAGGGCCAAGAGGGCUCCUGCCGAGAGGAUGAGCAAGUUCUUGAGGCACUUCACUGUUGUCGGGGAUGACUACCACACCUGGGACAUCAACUACAAGAAGUGGGAGAAUGAGGAGGACGAGGAGGAGGAGCCACCCGUGCCAGCCCCGGGCGAGGAGGGCAGCGCUGUGUCAGAACCCACCUCCGACUCCACGCCCAGGCCGUCCCCCGACUUCAGGAGCACAUUGAGGAAGCUCUUCAGCUCCCACAGGUUUCAGGUCAUCAUCAUCUGCCUAGUUGUCCUGGAUGCCCUCCUGGUGCUGGCCGAGCUCGUCCUGGACCUGAAGAUCAUCCAGCCCGACGAGAAUAACUAUGCCGUCACGGUCUUCCACUUCAUGAGCAUUGCCAUCUUGUUCUUUUUCAUGGUGGAGAUUUUCUUCAAACUGCAUGUCUUCCGCCUGGAGUUCUUUCACCACAAGUUUGAGAUCCUGGAUGCCAUUGUGGUGGUGAUUUCAUUCAUCCUCGACAUCGUCCUCCUGUUCCGGGAGCACGAGUUAGAGGCUCUGGGCCUGUUGAUUCUGCUCCGGCUGUGGCGAGUGGCCCGGAUCAUCAAUGGAAUAAUCAUCUCCGUUAAGACACGCUCGGAACAACAGCUCCUGAGGUUGAAGCAGAUGAAUAUACAGUUGGCCGCCAAGAUCCAACAUCUUGAGUUCAGCUGCUCUGAGAAGGAACAAGAGAUCGAAAGACUCAACAAGCUUUUGAAACAGCAUGGGCUCCUCAGUGAGAUAAACUAGAUGUGGGCUCAGAGCUGUACUCCGAGAGAAGAUGCUGCCAACCGGGCCUGUGCUGAGACAGCAGAGCCCACGCUUCCCCGGGGCCUCCGCAGAGAGCUGUGGGUGCCUCUGCCCUACUCCCGCCCAGCUGGCGUUCCGGU